AUGUUAGCCGAGAACAGCCCGAGUCAACACACCAACAAGCAGACCACAAACAAGGCCACACCAGACCACAGUGGAGCAGGAAUACACACACCACAGUCCUGGGGUUACUCUCUCUCUUCUUCUUAUUCCAAAAACAGACUAAUUCUCACCCUCCAAACCUCUUUUUUGCCAUUGCUGGCAGCCCCUCUCCCAGCCGACACCGCUUGUUUGAACCCCUAUUCUUCCUCGAUCAAUAUGGCGGAACAGGAGGAGGAUUACAGCUCCCUACCACUCACCGACCGUUGGACACACAAGAUCUGGAAGGUUAGGAAGGCAGCCUACGAAGAUGGCGCCAAACAGUUUGCGACCACGGGCAGCGAAAGCGAUCCCCUCUUUAGGCCGUUCCUACUAGACGCGAGUCUAUGGAAAGGCGCCGUAGCAGAUUCCAACGUCGCCGCGCAACAAGAGGGUAUCGCGGCCCUUUGCGCGUUCCUCAAAUUCGCUGGCACCGAUGCCGCCGUACGGUCCCGAGGUCAGACGGUAACGCCGAUCUUCGAGAAAGCCCUAGCGUCGACCCGAGCCGCCAUCAAGACAUCUGCAGUAGAAGCUCUAUUACUGUAUAUAGAACUCGAUAGUCCGACGCCCAUCGUCGAAGACCUGCUUCCUGGCCUGUCCCACAAGGUUCCCAAGACUAUUGCCGCGACACUCGCCGCGCUCACCGCCAUAUUCCACAACUACGGCUGCAAAGUCGUCGACCCCAAGCCCGUGCUCAAGCUCUUACCAAAGGUGUUCGGUCACGCCGACAAGAAUGUGCGAGCGGAGGCGACCAACCUCGCCGUCGAGUUCUACCGCGGGGACGACGGUGACGCUGGCGACGAAGAACCUGCCGAGAUUGAUGCUUUUGAUUUGGCAGAGCCGCAAGAAGUCCAGAGCAAGAUAGCGCCGGAUUUCUACGACGCUCUCGGCUCCUCAAAGUGGAAAGACCGAAAGGAGGCGCUGGAAGGACUCUACGCUCUCAUCAACAUUCCCCGUAUCAAGGACUCGGACUUCCACGAGUUAAACCGGGGUCUCGCCAAGUGUAUGAAGGAUGCCAACGUCAUUGUCGUCGCCCAGGCAGCACAAUGCAUCGAGGCACUAGCCAAGGGCUUGCGACGUGGUUACUCCAAGUAUCGCGCCACCGUCAUGGGCCCUAUCAUGGAGAGGCUAAAGGAGAAGAAGCAAGCGGUUUCGGACGCUCUUGGUGCCGCGCUAGACGCGGUGUUCCAAUCGACGAACCUCACUGACUGCCUCGAAGAUAUUGUCGCGUGUUUAGUUCACAAGAACCCCCAAGUGAAGGAGGGCACAAUGAAAUUCCUCAUAAGGUGCUUGCGGACCACGCGCGACGUGCCCAGUAAGUCAGAGAUACAAACUAUUGUCGACUCGGCCAAGAAGUUACUUUCCGAGUCAAGCGAGGGUCUCCGUUCCGGAGGUUGCGAGGUCCUCGGUACCAUUAUGAAGAUCAUUGGCGAGCGUGCGAUGAACCCUCACUUGGAGGGUUUGGACGAUAUCAGGAAGACCAAGAUCAAGGAGUUCUUCGAGACUGCCGAGGUCAAGGCCAAGGAGAAGCCUAAGCCUAAGCCUGCCGCCCCCGCUGCGGCCCGCGCUGCACCGGGAGGACCGAAGAAACUCAUGGGAGGUGGAGGGCCCGGGCUUAAAAAGGGCCCGGCGGGCUUGAGAAAGGCUGCUCCUGCGGCUGCUCCUGUUUUGGAGAGCGAGCCUCCAACGCCCCAGCCUGCCGCGCGACCUCAAAGUAAGCUGGGGAUGCCGAAGCCCUCUGGCCUAGCAGGUCUCAAAGCCCCUCAAAAGAGAAUUGGCGGCCCCGGGGGCUUGGCCUCGCCUAGGAGAGUAGCGGCACCGCCGCCAGUCGAAGAAGAACUGGCCCCGCCGCCUCCCCAGCCUAAACUCGGUGGACCUCGUGGUGGUCUUGCUGCUCGCUCGCUCGCAAAGCCGGCCGCUCCUUCUGCCGCACCCGUGGCCCCGCCAUCUCCUGUUCAGUCCACAGGACUUAGCGCUUUGGAACGUGCUGAACUGGAAGAGCUCCGAGCUGCCAAUGAGAGGUUAACGCGGCUUUCUGAAGAGCUCAGGCACGAGCGGAGCAAGCUCAUGUCCGAGGUUCAAGAGCUCAAGAACCAGAACGCCAGCCUCAUCGAGGACCACACGCGGGACGUACUCAGUAUCAAGGCCAAGGAGACGCAGUUGGUGCGAGCUCGGAGCGAUGCCGAGGCGACGGAACAAACGAACGAAAGGCUACGACGGGAACUGGAGCGCCUUAAGCGAGCGUUAGACCGCGCCGAAGGUCAUGGUGCCGGCCUCGCCAGCCCCGGGGUCUCCUCCCCACGCAUGAUGAGGCGGGCAUCUAUCGCGAUGGCGAGCACAACGCCGCACGAUCGUGGGGAAGGUGUGGAGAGCUGGAAGAGGGCGGCGGAGGUGACGAGUCAGCUGAAGGCGAGAAUCGAGCAGAUGAAGGCAAAGCAAGCUUUUAUGAGGCCAUGA